AUGUCCACCUUGGAUGCUUCUCGAGAGAAAAUUGUAUUAAAUGUUGGAGGUGUAAAGUACGAAACCUAUCGCUCAACGCUAAUUGCCUACCCAACAACAUUACUUGGCACAAUGUUUGCCGAUAGAAAUAAAGAAUUACUGGAUCCAACAAAUGGAAAUGAAUACUUCAUUGAUCGCGAUGGUUAUUUGUUUAGAUAUAUCAUGCAAUUCUAUCGUAUUGGUAAGAUCAUCUGGCCCGAACCGGAUUCCUCAUUAGUUUUGACGCCUGCAGAUGAAAUAUCUUCCGUUGCCACCACCACUUUACCUAACAUCACUUCGGGUGUCUCUCGAGAAGAACUUUUUGCGGAGGUAGACUAUUUUCAACUUCCAAUCCCUUUGCCAAUUAAAACCGAGACCAAACUUUCCUUAGAGAAACAGGCUCAAAAGGCUGCUGCCUUAAAGGUGGAUGCGUUCAUUUUGGCACUCAAACAGUGCAUCUUUGAAUCAAUGCAAAAUUUCGAGACCAUGAUUCCUUUCACCUUUCACAGAAUAUUACGGGACGAACACGUCAAUUAUUGGGAUGAAUAUGAAAAGGUGUCGCCUCCGAUUAAAUGUGUCAAACAAUUUGCUUGUGUAGGUUAUGAUAUUUUAGAUAGACUCGGAAACGAGAUUGGAAAAUGUUUGAAGAGUGAAUUUGGCGAAGAGUUGGGGUGGAAGUUGGAGAAACACGCCUCAAUUUCAUCGAAGAACGUGGAUUAUUAUAGAUUGGCCAUUAGUAUACCUGAGAAUGUCUAUGAUUCGAAGGGGAUUUUGGAAUUCAGUUGUCUGGCUAAUAGUUAA